AUGCAAAUCGUAUUCACAGGUCCCGUUGUAAUUAACGUUAAAAAUGGGGAAACGGUUCAUCAGCGUGUCUUGCUGAUUUAUGGACGGGCAGGUCCACGUAAUGAGAAAUUUCAAUCAAACAUCACGGUUGAACAUCAUGCGACCAAUUUUCCAUCCACAACUUGGCCAGUUUUUAAUUCUCACUUCAAAUGUUUGGUACAUCUUGACCCCGGAUCUAAUAAUAUUAAACUAAUCCUUGAUAAACAUGGUUCCAAAUCACCUACAACGAUACUUCAAGUGAAUUAUAUCCCGUUAUUACAAAAUCCUCCAUUACAUCUGGCGAUCCUCGUGGCAAAGGAUUCCAAAGAGGUUAUAGAUGCUCCAAAAGAGAAAGAUCGAUCUGGUGAAAAUAAAUUAGAUUCUGUUAUAGCGAAACUUCGUUGUGCCGGUUAUUUAUGGCAAGCAUUCACAGCAGAGCAAAUGAGUCGUAAUGAAUUUGGGAGGAGAGUGUUUAGAUUGGAAGAAGAAUGGAUAGAAGACACACUUUCCAAUCAAAAUCCUGGAUUAAGUCAAACAGCAAAAGUUCAUAUCAUUCGUAGUUCGUACACUUUAGAACAGAUUUUAGAUCCGGAUAUAGCUCAACAAAAUCCCAAUAGAAAGGACGAUAAAAAAGAUUUAUACUCCAUGUUCAUGGAUGGGUUAAAAGAAUAUGGAAUACCAUUCAAUAAUCAGUGCUAUGUCGCGGGAUUGAUAUUAGAUUCUCACUAUGAUAAUUCACCUGAUAUGAAGUUUAUCAGAGGUCAUGCCGCGUUAGGAGGAGGUGGCGGUAAUAUUCAAUUAGGAAUUUUUGGUAGUCAUUUGACUCACGCUUGGCCAAGACACCUUGAAGAAGUCGUUGGUUGCUUUCAAGAUGAUACCAUAACCGAUGAAACUAUAUUAUCAAACGAUGCGGGAGAGAGUGGAACCUGGUGGAAAUGUUGUAACAUCGGAAUUGGAGCAUUCUUGCAUGAAGUUGGACAUUGUUUGGGAGCACCUCAUGCGCCCAGUGGGAUUAUGGCACGAGGAUUUAACAAUUUAAAUCGUACAUUUACGGUUAAGGAACCAAACAAUCCUUCGCCAAUUAAACCGUCCGAUGAAAAUGGAGCUCAUUGGCAUCGAGGUGGUAUCAUAAGGUUUAGAUAUCAUCCAUGUUUCCGUUCACUUUCAGAUCCACCGUUAUCGAUCGAACUUAAAAAUCUUUCUGCUGACUUUUGGCGUUUAAAUGAAUUUAUAUUAAUUAAAUCACCUUCAGGUGUUUCAUUAAUUGAAUUUUUCGUUGAAGAAUCACUUAGGGAUUAUAAAGAAUACGUUCAAUAUAAAAAUCAUCAAACCGAGGUUCGAUUAAAAAUAUCCGAGGUUAUUGAAAAAUAUGGUGACAAUCGGAUCAUUAAAUUGAAUGUUGUAUCCAAGAAUCAAACCGAAAAUUCCUUAGAUAACUUACGAAGAUUCUUGAAAGAAAGUAAAAUGACUUUACCUAUAUAUGGAGAGAUAAUUAAAUCCCCUUAUUUGGGGAAACUUGAUGAAAGGUUAACCGAAUUUCGAGUUUUUUUUAACAAAUUUACCUCUAACGAAAAUAAACCGGUUAAAUUAAAUAGAAUGGUUGUUAAAUAUGGUUAUUACAUUAAUGGGAUCACAUUCUUUUGGUCCGAUGGUACACAAUUAUCCGUUGGUAAAGAUCGAGGUAAUAAAAAAGAAUUCGGAUUUAUGGGAGAAAAUGAAAAAAUUACCGAAUUGAAAGUUAAUUCUGGAUGGUAUAUUGAUGGGUUUGAAAUCAAGACCAAUUUGGGUAGAUGUAGUGAAUGGUUUGGUAAACAUGGUGGAAAUGAUCACAUUUUAAAAUUGCCUGAAUCUGAAAUGAUUGGCCUUUAUGGUACCAGUGAUGAUUUGGUUAACACUUUAGGACUUAUUUAUAAACUUAAGUGA